AUUCAUCACUUCAAGCUUCACUGCUAGCACUGGAGAUUUGUUCAUGGCGACCCAUGAGCCACUUCUUCCUCAACCCCCCGAAACUACCCGUCCUAAAACCUUCUUCACAAUCCUCUUUUUUUCUCUACUUUUGGGCUCUGCCAUUUUCAUCACCAACAAACUCAUCAAUUCAAACCCAUCUGAAAAUGAUCAUCACCCCUUCCUUCAUAACAUCUGCUACAAGGCUUACAACCAAUCGUCCUGCAUUCAAAUGCUCGCCUCUGAAUUCCCCCUUCUUCAAGAAACCAAAACCACCAACGCGGCGAACUUCUUACAAUCCUUCCUGCGGAAAUCCACAAGCAAAAUAGUCAACACCAUCGAGAGCGCCAAAGAUCUCCGCCGUCGAAUCAACAACCCACGCGGUGAAGCAGCUUUGGCCGACUGCGUUGAGCUCAUGGAGAUCUCAAUGGAUCGAAUAACCGACUCGAUUUUGGCUCUCGAGAGAAGAAGGUGCGGCACAAUCGAAAAUGCACACACAUGGCUGAGUAGCGUGCUGACGAACCACGUGGCGUGCUCGGACGAGAUCGAGAAUUCAAUUUCGAAAGCGGCGGCCAUGGAUUUAGGGGUUGAAGAGCUGAUUGUGAUAGGGAGAAAUUCAUUGGGGAUGUUGGUCUCGAUUUGGGGAUCGGGCAAAAAAGAAGGGAUGGGGUAUCCGAGUUGGUUGAAGAAGGGAGAUAGGAGGCUGUUGGAGGUUGUGGGGAGAGGAAUGAAAGCGGAUAUAGUGGUGGCAAAGGACGGGAGCGGGAACUUCAAGACGGUGAAGGAGGCGGUUGAGGCGGUGCCGGACAAGAGCAAGAGCAGAAUUGUGAUAUAUGUGAAGAAGGGGAUUUAUAAGGAGAAUGUGGAAGUGGGGAAGAAUAAGAAGAAUGUUAUGUUGGUCGGAGAUGGAAUGGAUUCCACUAUCAUCACUGCUAGCCUCAACGUCGUUGAUGGAUCGACUACAUUUAAGUCUGCAACUGUGGCGGCCGUGGGAGAUGGAUUUAUAGCCCAAGACAUCUGGUUCAGAAACACCGCCGAGCCGGAAAAGCACCAAGCGGUGGCACUUCGGGUUGGAGCCGACCAAUCCGUCAUAAACCGGUGUCGUAUCGACGCUUAUCAAGACACUCUCUACGCCCAUACCAACCGCCAAUUCUACCGCGAUUCCACCAUCACUGGCACCGUGGACUUCAUUUUCGGCAACGCCGCCGUGGUAUUACAGAACUGCAAAAUCGAACCCCGACGUCCGAUGAGCAACCAGGCCAACAUGGUGACAGCGCAAGGCCGAACAGACCCAAAUCAGAACACUGGAACUUCCAUCCAAAGAUGCGAAAUCGUGGCAAGCCCCGACCUGGAGCCGGUUAAGAAGUCCAUUAAGACGUAUUUAGGGCGGCCAUGGAAGGAGUAUUCGAGGACCGUGGUUAUGCAGUCCACACUAGGCGAUCUCAUAGAUCCAGCGGGCUGGGCGGAGUGGAAUGGGGAGUUUGCAUUGAAGACGCUGUACUAUGGCGAGUAUUCUAAUAAUGGGCCAGGCUCUAAUGUUAGCAAACGAGUGAAAUGGCCCGGUUACCAUGUCAUUACGAGCCCAGCAGUGGCCCAAAAGUUCACGGUGGACUCACUUAUACAAGGAGCUGAAUGGCUGGGCUCCUCAGGUGUGACUUUUAUCCCAGGGCUGUGAUCGUAUGCGCUUGUUGGAUCUUCUCUGCUUGUUGGUGUUAUGCAGUAUAAAAUAAAAUAAAAAAUAAAAAAUAAAAAGAAAAAAAGAUCUUUUGUUGUAGAAUAAUUAAUCACUCCUUAACUCAGUUUAGUAUGAAUAAGAAAAAGAGUUGGUAUGAGGUUAUUAUAAAA